AAGUAUGGAACCGUGGGAUAGGUUUCCCGAUCACCAGGAUGAUGCUGAUAGCUGCUCAGAAUCUGUGAAGUUCGACGCCCGCUCCAUGACAGCCUUGCUUCCUCUGAAUCCUAAAAAUGGUCCUACCCUACAAGAGAAACUGAAGUCUCUCAAAGCUGCACUGAUUGCCCUUUAUCUCCUCGUGUUUGUAGUUCUCGUGCCUAUCAUCGGAAUAAUGGCAGCGCAAGUCCUGAAGUGGGAAAUGAAGAAUUGCACAGUUGGUUCAAUUAAUGCAAACGAUAUGUCUCAAAGUCUCGCAGGAAAAGCAAAUGACAGUGAAGAAGAAAUGAGAUUUCGAGAAGCUGUAAUGGAACAAAUGAACAACAUGGAGAAGAGAAUCCAAUUUAUUUCAGAUACAGAAGCCAAUCUCAUAGAUUCAGAGCAUUUCCAAAAUUUUAGUCUGGUGACUGAUCAAAGAUUCAACGAUGUUCUUCUCCAGCUGAGCACCUUGGUUUCCUCAGUUCAGGGACAUGGAAACGCAAUAGAUGAAAUCUCCAAGUCAUUAAUCAGUCUGAAUAUCACAUUGCUUGACUUGCAGCUCAAUAUUCAAACACUGAAUGGCAAAGUCCAAGAGAAUACAUUUAAACAUCAAGAGGACAUGAGUAGAUUAGAGGAGCGUGUGCACAAUGCAUCAGCAGAAAUUAUGUCUAUGAAAGAAAAACAAGUGAAUUUGGAACAGGAAAUAAAACGAGAAGUGAAACUACUGAAUAAUAUCACUAAUGAUCUCAGACUGAAAGAUUGGGAACACUCUCAGACGUUGAAAAAUAUCACUUUAAUUCAAGGUCCUCCUGGACGCCCAGGUGAAAAAGGAGAGAGGGGUCCUGCUGGAGAAAGUGGUCCACGAGGCAUUCCAGGUGCAAUAGGUCCUCCAGGUCCCAAAGGUGAUCGGGGAGCAAUUGGUUUUCCUGGAAGCCGAGGAUUCCCAGGACCAAUGGGGAAGACCGGGAGGACAGGAAAUCCUGGACCCAAAGGCCAGAAGGGGGAAAAAGGGAGCGGAAGCAUGCUAAGACCAGUGCAACUCCCGGAUCAUAUUUGGGCAGGGCCCUUUUAAGAUCAGGCAGGUUGGGCAAGACACCCUCUGCUACCAUCUCAUUAAAAGGCCCCUCACCUCCGGACAAAUCAUCCGCACAACUGACUCCAAGAUCCCUCUGUGGCUCCUUCAAAUGACUCUGGUUCCUGUGUCGUAUCCAGCUUCCACAUGGCUUUCUCUCCAGGUCUUUUGUGCUGUUUGGACCUCUGUUCCUAUGCUCAGACCUCUUCCCACUCUAGUAACCCACCAUCACCACCAUCUGCUGGCACCCUUAGCUGGGUCAUCUCCCAUGUACUGACUGGCAAGCUGCUCCUACUGGUUCUCAGAGCAAGAGCAGGAGCCCUCUGCUCCCCACUCAUCUGAUGUCUUACUGAACCCAAUUUAACCCACUGGGUUCUAGGAGACAUCUCAUGGAUAUUGAUUAUAUAUGGGUUCUUUACAUUCAAAAACAAUACUCUCAAUAAGUGAUAGGGAUAACAUAAAAGAAAAUUCAUUCAUUCACUCUGCACAUGUUCAUUGUGUGCCUCCUGUAGCUGAACAUAACAGCUAAUAAGAUAUUGUCUAUUGUCUAUUGUCUCUGGCCCUCAUAGAGCUAAUAGUCCCUGAAAGCCUAGACAUGGAAACAGGUGAUUAUACAAUACAACAGAGCUAUUCUGGGGGAGGAACAGGGCUCUACAGGUGUUCAGAGGAGAUCAAGAUUAUUAAAUUCUUUAAAAUAUUAAAAAUAUUGAUUUUGAUUAGCUUAAUUUACCUUCUUAUCUGCUUACUCUACAAAUUAUACCACCUCCCCCCCCCCCCCUGUUUUUCCCAAAGUUUAUAGUGAGGUAAAGUAGAGCUUGAACAGUUCAUUCAACACAUUUAGACCAAAACACAGAACUUACUUCCUUCAAUUACCUGGCAAUUUCAAGCAAGUAUUUUGAUCGUGAAAAAAUAAUGCUGAAGUUUUCUAUUGCCAAAAGCUUUUUUGUAUUUUACGCUUUAAGUAUCUAGUAUAGAUCCUGAAGAUAAAGAAAUAUUUCCAUAGAACUGGAAAUAUUUUAUGUAGGUGAACAAAGGGAUAAAAAAGAGAAAGGGGAAAAAAAAAAUAAGAAAAGGCAGACCGAAACAAGGCAUAGGAAAAAUAUAGGCUAUCAUGUUGUUUUUGAAGUUCUUUCUGUUUAUUAGCAGAUGACGUUUUCACACCUCUCAUUUUCUUCACGGUUUACAAAUAGUCGCAGGCGUCCCAGUCUUGAAUUUCUGGUAGAAUUUGAGCGUGUCCGUGUGUCCCUCAGCCCUUCCAUUCCCUCUCCUGGGAAAAGCGUUUCAUGACACCUACCUCACAGGGUUGCUGUGAGGGUCACGUGAGAUACUGUGUGUGUGAAGAUGCCCUGUAAAAUCAUAAAGUGAUUUAAACACACAAGGUCUGUUGUGCCGUGGUCUCUCUCAACCGGAAUUGCUGUUCCGUGCCGGAAUCACGCAGGCAUUUAAAACCGGUCCUGAGGCUAGGAGCGAAAGCAAAAUGAAAACGCAAGAAGCCAAGUAAAUGUCACGGACAAAAAGAGAGAGAUGCUAGAGAGGAAGAUGAGAUUUUACGCGAGACAGAGGAAUGAAAGUGUGACCAGAUCACAAAUCACUGAGUUUGUCUGGGCCGAGCAGAAGAGCGUAAGUUGUAAAUAAAAGAAGUGACUAAACGGAGUGUGUGCCAGAGGCCAGAAGCUGUCAACAGAGGUCCGAACAAAAUGUCAGUCUAAUAAAACAAGAGAGUCCAGGCUCUGAAGGACGAAGCGUGAGCCCAAGACUCUGCUGAUGAGAAAGCUCCAAGAAGGGUUGAAACAAAUUAGAGUUGUCUAUGGUCCUCUGGGUCUGCCCCUAAUGACACCAGAGUCUCCAAGAAUAAAAACAAAAAAGAGGAGGGGGAGGAAUCAGCCAGUCUCGAGAUGGUCCUUAGUGUUAGAAGACUGGCCAUGUCGACUAGCCAGUUAAUGCAAACACCGGGAGGGGAGUUGAAGCUCUUUGUCUGGGGUUGAAUUAGGUGUCACUUCCUACCGCACUCUGUACUGGGGGCCAACUAGAACCUGGGAACCCGUCUUCCCUUGCCAUCGGGCUGUGGUCCACACUGGCCAAAGAAUGACCCUGAUCCCAGAGAUCGUGGCAGAUAAUUGCAGGGCACUCCAUUCACAGGUUGCUUGACACCCCAAAGCGCAAGUAGAUGCUAAGUGUGUGAAAUACUGAUCCAGACUUUGCAAAUUAGGGGAGAAGGAUUUCUCUUUUCUCCUUAGACAAAAAUAGAUCUGAAUGCCCAGCUCAGAUGCACAAAUUAUACCACCCUGAGUAAUGUGCGAGGAAGAGACAGAAAUCUGCCUCGAGCUCUCCUGCUUAUCACAAGGAUUCCUCUGUUCUGUUCUCGCCUGACGUGGAAGUGUGUUUCAGUCAAGCAAAAACAAUUCCUACUAUACAAUUAAACACUUCGUGUGAGGCUCUGUCCUAAACACACCGAUGACCAAUGUGUCAUUGGUCAGUAUUUUUUACUGUGCUUUAUUCAUGCCCAAUGAGACUGUAAUUAGAAUGUGAAUUUACAGUGUCUUAAAACUCGUGCAAGGGUGUGAAAUAUCAGUUUGACUUGCCAUUGAUUUCUACUGAGGACAGCACAAUCGCAGAUGAAUUUUGGUCUUUCUCAAAGCUUUCAGCCGACCGAAGUAAAACCCUCUCCUCCAAACACUAAAUAAUGAUAACAGUGAACAUUUAGACAACACUGGGUGUGCACCAGGGGCUUUUGAUGCAUUAUCUCAUUUAAUCCUCAGAAGAGCCUUUGAGGUAGGUACUUUGUUAUUCCCAUUUUGUAGAUUGGAAACUGAAGCUCACUGCUGAUAAAUGGAAGGGCAGAAACUCAAAGCCAGGUAUAUCAAUCUCCAAAGCCCCAUGUUGUAACUAUGACUGCAUUCAACACCCCCACACUAGUUUUUUCUUUUCUUAAAUAUAAAUGCCGCAAAUGCAUAGCGUGGAGGCUAUGGGGAAAAGAGGGAAAGAGAUUUGUAAUAAGCAACUUGGUUUUCCGGAAUGGGCCUAAUAAUUUGAAGACACAAAGCAGGUGGAAAUUCUUAGAGUAUGACUUCCAUUAUUUAAAAUUAAAAAAAAAAAAAGCAUUGCCAAUUAAUCUUGAUUUGUGUAUGUUUCUACCUUCGCAUACUGUGUCGGCUCUUGCCUCCAGUUCUGCCCCACAUCUGUUAUUCAGAAACAUAGUCUCCCCGGAACACCUGCGAAGUUUACAUUGUCGGUAAUAAGAGUUAUUUACUUAUGGGCGUGAGGAGAAGGAACCACCUGUUAAUAUUCUGUUUUUAUUUCGGUAACUGGCUCACUCUUAACAUUUUUUCAGUAACUGGCUCACAGAUAUAUUUUUUAAUAUAAUCUGGCUGCUUUGAUGUCCCUCUUCUGUUAUUGUGUCUCUUUUUCCAAACUCAAUUGUGUAGUUUUCUCAGCAGCACCCGUUAUGAUUGAGCAGAAUACACCAUCGGGAGCCACGUGGCUCCAGGUAACUUAGCUAAGCCUUCUUGUUCUUGACAGUCUGUGGUUUUUAAAGCUUUAUGCGAGUCCAUGAGGUGUUGUCAAAACGUGUAACGUUCCGUUAACACAAUGGGUGUGUUCCCGAAUAGUGGAGAUGACUAAUACGUCGUGUAAGUUGAAAUAAGAGAUUUAAAUCGGGGAUGGAUCCAGCGGUCAGCGUUUACCCUGUUGAGUCUCUCUUCCGAGCUGACUCAACACAGCCCGACUCCUACCGGAGCCACUUAGAAGGAAAGAAAAAAAAAAACAAAAAAAAAAACAAUCAGUACAGCUCCACCCAGGUCUCUCACACCAGCAAAAUUUGAAAUCCAUCUGGUUACAAGCCUGAAAGUGGUGGACUAGACCCAACACACCGGUUCCCAUCAUCCACAGCCUCAGAAGACCAAACAGCUUGCCUGCCCCGCUUCAGAGAACCGGGUGCUGGCUUCCCACUCUGCAGUCACUGUGGUCUCACGCCACCACGAGAUCGUUUCCUUUGUUCCUAUUAAGGCACCGUCCGACUUCGGGCUCACAACCAUACUCGCCCCCUCUCUCUCUGGGCUUCUCUGGAAAUGCACCGUCCUGCAGAGGGAAUCUCUACACCAGAUUCCCCAGAACCACACAGUUGCUGGCUUGCACGUGAAGUGCCCGAGAAAUAUCUCCCAUUAUGGCCUAACCUACAGACUGGCCCCUUCCCGGGGGUGCUCUGUGUGAUUUCCAUUCCCUGCUUCCCUGAAUUACUCGCAUUCUGCCUGACCCACUCACUGCAAAAUGGGACACCUGAAUCCCAGCAACUUUUCAGAUGCUCAUUACCGGGAACUAUUUAAAGGAAUCUUAAUAUGACUGAUUUAGCAAAAUGAAAACCACCCUUCUUCCUAAUGAUGUUCUGUGUAAUUCUGAUUUUCCAUUUCCUAGAAAUGCUGAAAGGUAAAUUGCUUCACCUGAACACAAAUAUUCAGUCUCUGUGCACAAUAUUUUUGCAAAAACUCCACAUGGCUUAUAGCAUAAUUCAUUUAUUCCCUACGAAAUGAUUAUCUGUUCUAUUCCAAAACAAGCUUUCAUGCCAAACUCUCUCCUGUUGUAGUCUCCUGUUAUAUUCUGUUACCUUCUAUUUCACUCGCACAUAGAAAUACUAUGUCUAUACCAAAAGAACGUGUAUUAUAUUAAUCACAGAAAGUAGCCAAAUGAGUAAUUAUUAUUACUGUAGUAAAACAUCUAGUAGGCCCUUAAUAA